CCAUCGGUGCAGCAUUAUUGCAUCAGUGCUUCACGACAGUGGUGCUGUGUCGGAGGCAACGUGCAAGUUCUCGGCAAGAUAAGUAACCAUGAAAAUGUUCGUGCUGAUGUGGCUGGCGUGCUUCGGGAGUGCGAGCCACGCCGCGACGGUCGGACAAGUGCUAACUUACCGCAAACUUCAGGGUCAUCAGAUUGUUCGCAUCAGCGGCGACUCUCUGGAUACGUUCCUGUCGGAGGCGCUGAAGGCGAUCCCUAGCCUAGACAUCCUUCAUCGCCAUUCAGUCGGAGAGACUCGUGCUCGCGUCGCUCCUACAGACAAGGAGGCCUUCCAUAGCUUGCUCGCACACUCGGAUCUCGAACAUGACGUCGAAGUGGAGGACUUGUCAGAAUAUCUCAGGGCCCACGAUUUGAAGCAGCAGCGAGCGGCGUCAGCGCGCUUAGAAGAAACUUGCGAUGAGAGCGGUUGUCCUGCUCCUCUUAAAUCGUCAUACAUGACUUUCGAGCAGAUGGAGAGGUACAUGAUGGAUCUGGCAUCCAACAACCCUGCCCGCGUUCAACUCACUUCGAUAGGCAAAUCUUUUGAGGGUCGCGACAUUUGGAUGGUUCACGUGUCGCCCGAUGGAUCGAGAAUCUCCGACUCAGACUCGGCGUCUCCAGGAUCCGUUUGGAUCGAAGGAGGCCUCCAUGCUCGUGAAUGGAUUUCGCCUUCUUCAACUCUGCAUUUGCUCCACGAACGAGUGACUGCAUGCGACAGCCAGUGUGACCUCGAUUACUAUUUCGUGCCCAUUGCCAACCCUGAUGGUUACGAAUAUUCGAGAACAACCGACAGAAUGUGGCGCAAAAAUCGAGCGGUAACAACGAGGUCCGACUGCGGUGGUGUUGAUCUGAACCGAAACUGGGAUUACAAAUUCGGCGUGGGUGCUUCUUCUGAUCCCUGCAGCGAAACUUACAUGGGCCCGGCAGCUUUUUCCGAGCCAGAAACUCGUGCACUUAGCAACGCCAUGUCCAAGGUAGAUAACCUGAAGCUGAUGAUCACUUUUCAUAGUUUUGGCCAAGCAGUGCUGUACCCGUGGGGAUGGACCAAUGAGCCCAUAGAAGACAAAGAACAACUUGUACGCGCAGGAAAUGCAUUCGCAGACGCAGCAAUGAGAAUCACGGGGAAGAGUUACGCAGUGGAAAACUCGGCGGGAGGCUUGUACUUUGCCUCUGGAGCUACCGAUGAUUGGGCCAAGAAAGUCUUGAACGCACCAUACUCCUUCACGAUAGAACUUCGUGACUCAGGAAUGAAUGGAUUUAUUUUAGAUGCGUCAGAAAUUGGGCCAACUGCUCGAGAAGUCGUCGCAGGCGUCAGUGCCCUUAUUUCUGAGAUACGAAAAUAAUUCCAGAAAAAUGAGUCGUGGGUUCAAAUAAUGACUCAGAAUAAUAAAUCUGUACGCGAAAAUCUA